AUGUCAUUAUAUGAAGUAGCAAAUGCAGUGAAAAGUGUUAGGUUCGUGCUACAAAAACAUGGCAAUAAAACUUGGUUGGGCAUGUCGCAUCAGGAAUUGCAAAACUAUUGUGAAGUGGCCUGGGAAAGUCAAAUGUGUAAAUGGCGCCAAGGUCAAGACAUUUGUGAAAGAGUUUUUACUUUACUAUCAGUAUAUAUUCAAGAGGAAACUAAACCAGCCGGUUUCGCUAACCUAGGAGAAUAUAUAAGUGACAUCAUUCUAGAAAUGGGAAUGAUGUGGACCGAGGUUCGGCAGACUAAAUUCGCGUGCAAUUUACGAAAAAUAGAACACCUAGAAAAUUUCAAUCUCGACAGUUGGACUUGCACGGUGUGUGAAAAAGAAAAUGAUAUGCUUUAUGACAAUAGCAAAGAUUUUUUCAACUGGUCCAUUCUUGUUAUAUGCAAGACAGCGGUCAGCAGCUCAUCCCCAUUAUGCUGGUUAAAUGAGCAUAAGGAUACAUGGACAAGGAAACCUGUUUAUAUAAUCAAGGCACUCCACCUCAAAUGUGUGGGGACGGUUGCAGAUGGAUUUGAAAAGCCAAAUUGUUUCUACUGUGGGUGGUGGAAGGUGCAAAGGGAGUUAAGAGAGGUCGAAGCGAUGAUUUCUUUUAUUCAUAGAUUCGCAAAUGCUUAA